AAAGCUUCCGCACGUGAUCGCCAACCGGUUGGGAGAGGCCGGCAGAAGAAGAAGCUUCGCUCUACGCACAGCAGUCGAUCAGUUGCUCCAGGCGAGUUUAGUCGCAAUGAGAGUGAGACGGAAUCCCCUGCCCCGGCGGCUGGUGGAUAUUUUGUGCUACCUGGUGAUUGGAGUAUUUCUGCCCAUUGUUUUCAUAUUUGAGAUCAUCGUAGUGCUGCCCGCAAUACACGAGCCCGGCGGAUUUCUGCACACCUUCACAUUCCUCAUGGCCAUGUUUCUGCUCUUCAAUAUAAAGGGCAACAUGCUGGCUUGCAUGAUGAUCGACACGAGCGUUGAUCAGCGGGUCAAAGCGCCACCAGAAGGCGACGCAGCUCGUUUGGAGUGGCGGCAUUGCACGACCUGCGAUCGUUUAGCACCUCCCAGAUCGUGGCACUGCAAGGUGUGCGGCGUGUGCAUACUGAAGCGCGAUCACCACUGUCUCUUCACGGGCUGCUGCAUCGGGCACGAGAAUCAUCGCUACUUUAUGCUCUUCACCUUGUAUUUGUUUAUCGGUUCGGUCUAUGCUCUGUCCUACAACUCGGUGUUCAUGUGGAUACUCAAUGCAGAUGUCUACUGCAACUGGCUAACGGCCCUCAAGGUGGCCUGCCCCAUGUUUAUGCUGGUCAUUGGCAGCUUCUGGACCAACUUGCAGCUACUCUUCUAUAGCCUGAACAUCUUGGCGCUGCUCUAUUCGGUUGUGAUCCUCGUCUACCAUGUGCCCAUCGUGCUGCGCGGCGAGGUCUGUGCGGAGAGUGGCAAGCAGCACAAAUACAAUAAUGGACUCUACGCGAAUCUGCGAAGUGUCUUUGGCCAGCGCAUGCACAUUGCCUGGCUAUCGCCAUUGAUAAGGAGCGAGUUGCCCGGCGAUGGCUAUACUUGGAGCACCAGUUCUGGAGAGAGCAAAAAGAUAAAUUAA